AGUGAGAUAAAUCUCGAAUAGCGGACUGUACUGGAGUCUAUCAAUCUUUGGCAAUAGAUUUGAACAUUUCUUACAGAAUAAAUCAACUAAGUUUCGUUUUUCUCUGCUGCUGAUAAGAAAGUGUAAUAUUAAUCCCAUAUUAAUCGCAUAUGAAUUGAAUGUUUCAUUUAAUGUGUUGUUUUUAUAGUGAAUUUCGAUAUAUAUGGAUUGACAUGUGGAGGUUCUUUAACACGUUCGCGCGAGAUGGUUAAAAAGUCGCGCUUCAGCCUUUGGUGCACGGACAGCUCCUCUCUAUGCUGCCAGGUUGGUCUUUGUCGCAGUGCCAUGCACACCCACCCUCUUCUAUUCUUUCGGUGUAAGUAGCCUACACUACAGUGUGAAUUGUUUGGAAGUGCACUAUAUUGUAAAUGCAUGAACUCAUAUUUCUUAAAGAGAUAUUUUGACAACAGUCAGUUUGGACAACUGUGGAAUAUAGUGGCAGACUUGUCAGGACUAGGAAUUGAGCCGUCAUUGACCACGACCACUUGAGAGUGAACGCUUUUUUCAUGUUUUUGGGAGAUGGAAACAUAAACACUGUGUCAAACAGUUUAGAAAAAAGCCCAACUCACUGUUUUUGUAUGACAGAAUUUGGAAGGAGUGAAUUCGUGGGAUUUGAGUCGACUAAUCGGACUUAUUUGGAAUUAUUUAAUUGGUCAAUUGUGUUGUGCCAAACUAAUCGGGAUGUCGGAUGACAGGAUGUCAUCGGCGACUCCAAUGUUCCCAGUAGUGAACUCCUCUUUUAACUCCUCCCUCCCUCCAUCAUUCAUGGACUGGGAGGCUCCCACCUUCACCGCCGCUGCCCGCGUCCGCGUGGCCGCCACCAUGGUCCUCUUUGUGUUCGCUGCCUUCUCCAACCUCUCUGUGCUGUUCAGCGUGGCACUGGGCCGCGGGCGCCGCCUGGCCGCCCAUCUCCGUCCACUCAUUGCCAGCCUGGCCUCUGCAGACCUGGUGAUGACGUUUGUGGUGAUGCCGCUGGAUGCAGCGUGGAACGUCACCGUACAGUGGUACGCUGGUGAUGCCAUGUGCAAGCUGCUGUGCUUCCUCAAGCUGUUUGCCAUGCACUCGUCUGCCUUCAUCCUGGUGGUGGUCAGCCUGGAUCGCCACCAUGCUAUUCUGCAUCCGCUGGAUGCGCUGGACGCCGGACGCAGGAACAAGAGGAUGCUGCUGGUUGCCUGGGUCCUCAGCUUGCUCCUGGCCUCCCCACAGCUGUUCAUCUUUCGAGCAAUCAAAGCAGAGGGAGUGGAAUUCACUCAGUGUGUGACGCAUGGAAGCUUCCACCAUCGCUGGCAAGAGACGGUCUACAACAUGUUCCACUUUGUCACGCUUUAUGUGUUCCCCCUGUUAGUAAUGAGCUUCUGCUACACCCGCAUCCUCAUCGAGAUCAGCCGUCAGAUGCACAAAGGCAAAGGUGGGGUGCCAUGCCUGAGGCGAAGUGGCACAGACAUGAUCCCCAAGGCCCGAAUGAAGACCCUGAAGAUGACCAUCGUGAUCGUGGCUUCCUUCGUGAUCUGCUGGACGCCCUACUACCUCCUGGGUAUCUGGUACUGGUUCCAGCCGGCCAUGCUUCAGGAGACGCCCGAGUAUGUCCACCACGCCCUUUUCGUCUUCGGCAACCUCAACACAUGCUGCGACCCAGUGAUAUACGGCUUUUUCACACCCUCCUUCCGGGCCGAUCUGGCUGAUGUGGUCCACUGCUGCUGCCGAUCGCAGAACAUCUCCCCGAGGGCCCUGGACCGCCUGGCAUGUCGGAGGGUCAGGGCAAGCGGUGAGGCAGAGUCUGAUAACCCCAGUGGCGACCAGCCAAGUGGAAACCUGGGGUAGAUAUCGGUGGGCCUCUUGUUUAACUGCAUUGUAAAAAAAAAAUGGAAUUGUUGAUUCAACCUACAAUUAUAAGACAACCAGCUGCAACAGGAUUGUGAGGUUGCUCAAAAUUUGUUCACUCGACUUUGAAAUUUUGGUUGAGUGAACAUAUAAUUUAACUUGAGAAUAUAUUCUACUUUAUUUGCAUAUUUCCCAGAGAAAUGUUCAUAUUUCCCAGCCUUUCGAGUGAAUUGUAAUUACCACCCAUGGCUGUCUUUGUUAGCGACAGAAACAUGGUUGUUGUGUUCAAUGGUUUUCAGUACCGUAGCCUUCACCAAGUGAGUGUCUAAGUGAAUAUGUUAUCUUUAAAAUCCAACUCUUUAUGACAAUACAUUACAUAAAUCAUAAGGCCUUUCACUGAGGGCCUAAUUAGACCCUAACACAGAAGUCUGAAACUCCUAAUUUACAGGCCACAUCAAACCUACAAAUCACAUUAUGCUGGCUUGCAGUGAUGUGUAAUCCCUAUUGGAAUCCAGACAGAGUGAGGAUAUCCAACAACUGAAACUUUUAAUCACACGCAACCUGCAUUCAGAAUGACUGCAGGGUAGGGAAGAUUUAUUAUUGAGACUACCUAAAUCAUAUAAACUAUCUCAGAAAAGUCCAACUACUAACAGAUUGGAUAAGUUUCGAAAAAUGUAUGUUAUUUAUGUUUGUGUAGCAUAAGAUGAAUCAACCAAUCAAAAGUACAUGCAAAAACACAGUUAUUAAAACAAACAAUUCUGAAAAUUAACCCGCAGGAGAGCAUGCUGGGAUAUAUGAUAAUGAUGGCAUCGGUUUGAGUUUUUCAACAAGCUUUUACAAAUUCAGCUGAUUUCACUUCAAGCAGAGAUUGUUGAGUAAACACACUUAAACAUUAGCUCAGAUUGUUGUAUUUUUGAAGUCCACUCAACUAACAGAAUAAUGCUG